AUGGCUGUGAGUCUUAGCUGGGCCUUAACCUCUGCCCUGUUCCUAGCUGCCACCUCUGCUGGAUUUAGUGAGAAAGGACUCAAGCAAAUAUUGCUGGAGAAACUGAAACUUCCAGAUGUCCCUGCUCUCCAGAUGACUGACCUGGAAAAUCUAGUGAUUCCAGAGAAUAUAAGGAAUAAAUACAUGUCCAUGCUGGAGCGGCACAGAGUGAAACGAAGAGCAUUGCCAAGUUUAGCUGGAAUCUUGAGAGGAGUUCCAGGCAACGCAGAUAUCUCAGGAGACAUUCUCUAUUCAGAUACCACCCGUCAGAACCUGAUCUUUGACAUGGAAGGCAGGAUUCCAGAAAACAGUGAAGUCACCAUGGCUGAACUGAAGCUUUUCAAAAAGCCCCUGGAGAAGAAACAUCUGCCCAGCAGGCAGGCACAAAGACCAGUCAUGAAUGCAAGGGUAACAGUGUACUGGGUGCAACCUCAAGAUAAUGGCACUAAUCGGACCUCUUUAAUUGAUUCCAGAUUAGUUCCCAUUAUGGAGUCUGGCUGGAGGAAUUUUGAUGUUACUCAGGCUGUACAUUUCUGGCUGAAAACAAAAGCCUCUGGACCAAUGUUUCUGGAGAUUUGGAUUGAAGGAGAAAGAUUGGGCAGCUAUGCCUCUGAAAUGGCCAAAGUUGUGCGUUUUACAUCACAGGAUCCUUCAGACAAGACACUAGGCAAACCAGAGUUGGUCCUUUACACUCUUAACUUGGAAGAAUAUGGAGGACCUGGGGACUGUGGAGAAGGAAGCAUGAUAGAGAGGUCUACCUGCUGCCGGGAAGAACAUUAUAUCAAUUUCCGUGAGUUGACUUGGACUCAGUACUGGAUUAUUGAGCCAGCUGGCUAUCAAGCUUACCAUUGUAUGGGCAGCUGCUGGCAGCCAAAGAAUUUGCUGCAUCAUUUUGGCUAUGGAGAGAGAUCCUGUGCUGUAGUGGAGAGUUCUCCUCUUCCCAUGAUGUAUCUUGUCAAAAAGGGAAACUACACAGAAAUUGAAGUGGCAGAGUUUCCUAAUAUGAUUGUAGAAAAAUGUGGCUGUAUAAUGAACAAUAUAGCGGUGAUCUAA